AUGAAGCUUCUAUUCCCAAAGGAGCUUAUUGAUGAGAAUCUAGAAGGAUUCAAGGAGAAAGUGACAAGAACUCUAAAGCUUUUUCCUAAGGCAGUAGUGCCAAGGGACAUUCAUGGAGAGAUUGUCUAUCCAGCUGUGAAUCACCCACCAGAUACUCAUUGCAAGGAGAAAAGACUUGGAGGAUCAAGAUGCCUCUUGUCUCCAUCUUCUCCUGAGCGCCAAGCCUUACAGAUAGAAGGAGAAAAAGGUGUGAAAACACAAUCCGCGCCAAAACAUUGGCCGCGGACGCGCAAAAAAUUUUGGCCGAGCAAUUCCAUCUGGCCGACCACGGUCGAGCCGGGAAGGAAAGCCGUGCUCGGCCGGAGUCUAUUGCGCGACAGAAACGUUCGCGCGCACGCACGAACCGGGAAGAAGGCCGCGAUCGGCCGGAUUUUCGUAUCGGAACGGACCGACCGUGCCGGUCGAUCCGGGAAACAAACGAUCGGCCUCGGCCGAAAUCUCUCGCCACGAAUUUGGCCGACCAAAUCGCUCGACCGCGAAAAUCCAUCGGCCAUCGGCCCAAAACUUUUCUAG